AUGUCUACCAAGGGAAUCACUAAGCAAAACGCUGCUCCCACGUCACUUAAAGCUAGAAGCAACAAGAAGAAUCAGGUGUUUAGGGCCUUGCUUGAUAACCCGUACACGCAGUCCAACACUUGGCCCUUUGUGACGCCAUCUGUGGCAAAGGAUGUUUUAGAUUUAAUGGAUGCUAUACUCCGUCCUAUUGUACAAGAAGCCGAGAGCAUCUCACAGUUAGAGUGGCUACAUUAUGGUUUCAAUUCGACAGUGGAGACUUUAGAAAGACAGGCUGCUAACAACAGGGGUAAACACAAAGAUUCUGUCAAACAGAUAAAGUAUCUCAUCGUUUGUAAGUACGACAUCACUCCACAGAUGCUCACCAGCAUGUUCCCCGUCUUGAGUUUCACGGCUUCAAAGAGUGCAUCAGAUAUGGUCAAGUUAGUGCAACUACCUAAAGGUAGCAUGGAGACACUAUCAAAGAUUACAGGUGUGGCAAAUACAGGCAUUUUGGGGUUGUCUAAUGAUGUUACAUCUGCCGAGCCCAUAUACAAGCUUAUAGAUGAAAAUGUGAAGGAUGUGGAGAUACCCUGGUUGAAUGAUAUAUUCGAUUCACCUGGAAAGUUUUAUCAGCCACGGGUUAAACAGUUGCCAGUGAAGCCUCCGCAAAAGAAGAGGAAGAAGAAAAGUAAGCAACCGCCUGUUGAGGAAAACGCGUGA